AUGGAUCUUAGGACUCCAAUUGUUCUCGAUCAAGGCACUGGUUUUGUGAAGAUUGGGCGCGCCGGGGAAAACUUCCCGGACUAUACCUUUCCUUCGAUUGUGGGGAGGCCUAUUCUGAGAGCUGAAGAGCGUGCCAAUGUUGUUACCCCGUUGAAAGAUAUCAUGAUUGGUGACGAAGCUAGUGCUGUGCGUUCAUACCUUCAAAUCUCAUAUCCCAUGGAGAAUGGUGUAAUAAAGAACUGGUCGGAUAUGGAAUUGCUUUGGGACUAUGCGUUUUAUGACCAGAUGAAGCUUCCUUCAACUUCAGGUGGCAAGGUCAUGCUAACUGAGCCUCCGAUGAACCCAUUGAGGAAUAGAGAACAGAUGUGUGAAGUCAUGUUCGAGAAAUACGAUUUUGGUGGGGUCUACGUGGCUAUUCAAGCGGUUCUCGCUCUUUACGCACAAGGUUUGUCUUCGGGUGUUGUGGUUGACUCUGGUGAUGGUGUGACGCAUAUUGUUCCGGUCUAUGAGUCCGUGGUUUUGAACCAUCUAACGAGAAGGCUGGACGUUGCAGGAAGAGACGUCACAAGACAUUUGAUAGAUUUGCUAUCCAGAAGGGGUUAUGCUUUCAACAGAAGCGCAGACUUUGAGACUGUACGCCAAAUAAAAGAAAAGCUAAGUUAUGUGUCCUACGACUUGGACUUGGAUACCAAGCUUGCCAGAGAGACAACGACUUUGGUUGAAAACUAUGAACUUCCUGACGGAAGAGUUAUCAAGGUCGGAUCCGAAAGAUUCGAAGCCCCCGAAUGUUUAUUUCAGCCCAAUUUGGUGGAUGUCGAACAACCUGGUGUCGGGGAAAUGUUGUUCAACACAAUUCAAGCCGCAGAUGUUGAUGUGAGAAGUGCCCUAUAUAGAGCCAUCGUUUUAUCAGGUGGCUCUAGUAUGUACCCAGGCCUUCCAUCAAGACUGGAAAAAGAAUUAAAACAGCUAUGGUUCACACGAGUUCUUAGGAACGACCCAUCACGCCUGGAAAAGUUCAAGGUUAGAAUCGAAGACCCUCCCAGAAGGAAGCAUAUGGUUUUCAUUGGUGGUGCUGUUCUUGCAAACAUUAUGGCGGAUAAGGACCAUAUGUGGUUGAGUAAACAAGAAUGGCAAGAAAUGGGGCCAUCAGCAAUGUCAAAAUUCGGACCAAGAUGA